AUGGCGACGCUUGCCGCACUCUGCGCUUUGUACUCCAAAGCUUCCGAUGUAACUUCGUCCAAUAUUAUCGUCUUGACAAAUGCCGAUUUCGAGCACAAGACGCAGGCGGGUUCAGGUGCCACUACUGGCGACUGGCUCAUUGAGUUCUAUGCGCCGUGGUGCGGCCAUUGUAAAAAACUAGCGCCUAUAUUCGAAAAAGUGGCGGAUGAGUUAAAAGGUGAAGUAAAUGUGGCCAAAGUGGAUGUGACGGACAACGCAGAGUUGGGCAAGCGUUUCGGUAUUCGUGGAUUUCCAACUAUUCUGCACUUAAGUCAUGGCAAAUCGUACAAGUUUACGGGCCCACGCACACUUAAUGACCUUGUAGCUUUUGCUCGUGAUGGCUUUAAGAAAGUUGAGGGUGAAGUCAUUAGCUCUGCCCCGACGAUCGUGGACUUUGCUCUCCAGCAGGCGUUGGAAGUCAAGAGGGACUUUGUCACGCUGCUGGCGACCAAGAAAAAUGUGCUGCUUGUGACUUUUUCCGGCGGUUUACUGUUGGGAUUCUGGCUUGGUUGUUUGUAUAGCUGCUGUACGAAUCGUGGAAACAAGGCACUCAAAACCAAGAAAGAGUAA